AUGAAUUUGAAGAAAGAAACCGGCAGUAUGGAGCUGGGGGAGUGCACCAGGAACCCGGGCUUUCAGGAUGCAGACGACGGUGGCUCGGCGGCGGACACCUCCGCCGCCACUGUCCCCGGGGAGAAGCAGGACUCCACCGCGGUGAAGCUGGACCCGGACGCGGCUGAGGAGUACACGCAGCUCAAACCGUACGCCGGGAUGCCCAAGGAGGUGUUGCUGCUGUACUCCUCCCAGGCCCGGUACCGAGUGUCCCGAGAGAUCCUGUUCUGGCUGACGGUGGUCUGCACCCUGGCGCUGGUGGUACUCACCGCCACGGUGAUCGCGCUGUCGCCGCGCUGCCUGAGCUGGUGGCAGACCUCCCCGGUGUACCAGGUUUACCCCCGGUCCUUCAAAGACUCCGACGGAGAUGGGGUCGGAGACCUCAAAGGAAUUCAGGAGCAGCUGGAUCACUUCCAGUACCUGAACAUCAAGUCCGUUUGGAUCAGUCCUUUCUACCGCUCUCCCAUGAAGGACUUUGGCUACGAUGUGGAAGAUUUCCGGGCCAUUGACCCACUCUUUGGGACCAUGGAGGACUUUGAAGCGCUCCUGGCUGAAAUGCACAACAAAGGUUUGAAGUUGAUCAUGGAUUUCAUUCCCAAUCACACAAGUGACCGACACCGCUGGUUCAACCUGAGCCGGACUGGAGAUCCUCAUUACAAGGACUACUACAUCUGGGCUGACUGCAAUGAAACCGUACCCAGACCUAAUAACUGGGUGAGUGUGUUUGGGAACUCGUCGUGGACUUAUGAUGAAGUUAGAGGACAAUGCUACCUGCACCAGUUCCUCAAAGAGCAACCAGACCUGAACUUCAGGAACCCAAAUGUCAGCCAAGAGAUGAUUGAUAUUAUCCAUUUCUGGCUGGGUAAAGGAGUGGAUGGCUUCCGGAUGGAUGCGGUGAAGCACAUCUUGGAGGCUGCGCACCUAAGGAAUGAACCACAGGUGGACCCAAACAAACCACCAGAGUCUGUAACCACAGAGUGGGACCUCUACCAUGACUACACCACCAGUCAGCUGGGCUUGCAUGACCUUCUGAGGGACUGGAGGGCUGAGAUGGACAUCUACAGCCGUGAGCCUGGCAGAUACAGGUUCAUGGUGACGGAGUCAUAUGAUUACCACGAGGUGGACAAGACCAUGAUGUACUAUGGCACUCCACUGGUUAAAGAAAGUGACUUCCCCUUUAACUUUUACCUGCUGGACCUGCCUCAGAACACCAGUGGCUUGUGGGUUCAACAUCUGGUUCACCUGUGGAUGUCCAACAUGCCCAGGGGACAAUGGGCCAACUGGGUGGUUGGGAACCAUGACAGGCCUCGAAUUGCCUCCAGUGCUGGUCAGACCUAUAUUCGUGUCAUCAACAUGCUGCUGCUGACCCUUCCAGGCACACCCACCACCUACUAUGGCGAAGAGAUCGGCAUGGAGAACAUUAAUGUCACAGAUAGUCAGAUACAGGACCCUGCUGGCAAAUACAAUAAGAGUGCCAGUCGGGACCCUGAGCGGUCUCCAAUGCAGUGGAGUGGUGACAUGAAUGCAGGCUUCAACAACAAAACCAACGUCACCUGGUUGCCUGUACACCCUGAAUACAAAAGCAUAAAUGUGGAGGUCCAGAAGAAAGAUGAAAGUUCUGUUCUGGCUCAGUACCGUUUCCUGAACAUGCUGCGUCAGUCAGAGCUCCCCCUUCAGCGUGGGUGGUUCUGCUACGUCCACGCUGAUGCCAGUGUCUUUGCUUUCCUCAGAGAGCUGGAUGGGCUUAACCAAGCUUUCCUUAUGGUGCUUAACUUUGGUAUAGAAUCUGUCGUCACAGAUCUCUCCUCUAUUCCUGAGUUACCAGACCAGCUGAAGGUGCUGAUGAGCACAAACCAAGUCAGUGAUGGCAAGGUGUUGCAAAAGUCUCGGAUCCUGACAGAAGCAGGGGAGGGUUUGGUGAUUCAGUACUCCACCCACACUCGGUUUAAUCCCAACCACCCCAGACAGUGCUACGUGUCUGAGAAGGCCUGCUAUUUGGGGGCCCUGGACAUACUUUAUAAAUGCUAAUAUGAAUGGGCAAUGGCAUUCCUUAUGUACUCCUCUGUAUAGGAUUUACGUCAAAAGCUGUAAUAAACAGGAUCAUUGCAGAUACA